GGGCCACGGAAAACCAUGGCUUUGCUCACUUACCUGCUGGCCUGCAUCUUUGGAACAGGCGCAUGGAUGGCCAUCAAUGGUGUGUGGGUAGAGCUCCCCCUGCUGGUGAAUAAGCUGCCUGAAGGCUGGUACCUUCCUUCCUACCUCAUCAUCAUCAUCCAGCUGGCCAACAUCGGGCCUCUCUUCAUCACCCUGAUGCACAAGUUGAAGCCCGGCAUGCUGAGCGAGGUGCCCGUCAUUUGCACCAUGGUCUCCACCGGCGCCAUGGCUUGCUUCCUGUUGGCCUUCCUGUGGGACUAUACCACACCUAUAGCCGGAGGGCAGCACAGCACCGCUUUCUUUGUCCUGGCCUUCUUCCUGUCGCUGGUGGACUGCACCUCCUCCGUCACCUUCCUGCCUUUCAUGGCACGCCUCCACCCUCGCUACAUCACCACCUUUUUCAUCGGGGAGGGCCUCAGUGGGCUAAUCCCAGCCCUCUUUGCUUUAGCCCAGGGCUCUGGGAUCGCUACCUGCGUCAAUGUAACCACCACAAACAGCAGCAUAACUCACAGCCACACAGCCUUCCGCAACACAACUGCUGGCCAUGUCCCUUUCCACGUGGAAACACGCUACUCCCCAGCCAACUUCCCCAGCCUGGUCUUCUUCAUUGUCCUGUCCAUCAUGAUGUUCUCCUGCCUGCUGGCCUUCUUCUUCCUCAACCGGCUGCCCAAAGUGUGGGAGCUUUCGAAGCAGAACCUCUGUGCCAGCGAUAUCACCCUCCACUCAAUCCAGAAGAUUCCUGCAGAUGGCCAAGGACCAGCAGAAGCCGGCCAUUUCACCAGCCACCCUCUGGAGGGAAAGGCGGCGAGCGAAACCAUAGGAUCUGAGGAGGCGGAUCCAGAGAAGAAGGUCUCUUACUCUCGAGCCAAGUUUGUCUUCAUCUACUGCCUCGUGGCUUGGGUGAAUGCGCUCACCAAUGGAGUCCUGCCCUCUGUGCAGAGUUACUCCUGCCUGCCUUACAGCAACCUGGCUUACCACCUGUCUGCAACCUUCAGCUCCAUGGCCAAUCCGCUGGCAUGCACCAUUGCUUCCUUUCUGCCCAGCAGGUCCCUCCCCCUCCUGGGGCUGCUGGCAGCUGCUGGAACAGCAUUUGGGGUCUACAAUAUGGGCAUGGCGGCCCUGAGCCCGUGCCCCCUGCUGCAACACUCAGACUGGGGAGAUGCACUCAUUGUCAUCUCCUGGGUGCUCUUCACUGGGACGCUCAGCUAUGUCAAGGUGAUGAUGGGGGUAAUCCUCCGAAGCCACAGCCACAGCGCCCUCGUGUGGUAUGGAGCAGUAGAGCAGCUGGGCUCUCUGCUUGGAGCCUUGACCAUGUUCCCCUUGGUCAACAUCUACAGCCUCUUCAAGUCUGCUGACUUCUGCAAUUUCCAGUGCCCAGCCUGA